AUGACCUCCAUUGCUGCUGUUGGUUAUAGGCUGUUACAGCAACCAAACGUUCCCGCACCACCCCCGACGACCUACCCUGACCAAGACCAAGACCACCGCCGGCCUACCUCACGCAGUCCGGCACCCCCUCCACCUCCGUCUAUGCUCUCUGCUCAUCAACAGCCGCCCCAAAUAACCAUGUGCCCCUCGCCACCCGAAGAACUCACGGCCAGCCCGGAUGCCGACCUGGACGUGGAGGAGGAUGACGAGGACGUCCAGCACGAGACGCCCGAGAACCUGUCCUUGAAGCGGGAGAAGAUGCAGAGUCCGGAACCGGUCAGUGGGGGGCAGGAGGGGAGUUUCGGCGGGUUCCAUCAUAAUCCUUUUAUUGGGCAGUUCCCGACGCCGCAGCAGUUGCAGCAGAUUCAGCCUCCGUCGCAGAGGUCGCCGGUGAAUAUACUGAUGAGGGUGUUUCCUGGGAGGAGGAGGUCGGACGUAGAGGCUAUUUUGCAAAGAUGUCGAGGCGAUAUCCUCCAAGCCAUGGAACUAAUGAUCGACGAACCCUCCAUACCAUCCGCUUUCUCCCCAUUGGGCGUACCGUACCACCUACAAAGGUACAGCCCUCCCAGGAGGUUCCUGGCCGCACCCUACGCUGGUACCGGAUACCUGUCAUCCGUUAUCCGACCUCCAGCGGAUUACAUCUCUCUGGUGGGGUCGCUGCAUGACACCACAGCCUCAUCACCUGCUUCCAAUACGAGUUCGGAUAAGACGUCGUACUCUGAGUAGCUUUACAGGUAAAGGUAAUGUGCUUUACCUUGAAUAGGAUAGACUUUGUUGAUGUUGGUCGGACUUGGGUUGGAGAUGUGCUUGUUGAGUGUCAGAAUGGUUACUUUGAUCUUAUUGUUUUUCUCUGA